UCGUUAAGCUAAACUACUAGUCGGCGAGAAGAAGGAAUCGAAGUAGACGCAAGCCCACGCGAAUCCCCGAACCCAAUCGGAGCGACGAGAGGAACAAACCGGCCGACGAGGGGAAGGAAGGCCCGCCGCAGCGAUGCAGACGCAGAGGUCACCGGCGAUGGUGGGGGGAGGGCCCGGGUCAGCGGUCGGGUCGCCGUCCCCGGCGACGGUGCCGGUGAGGCGGCGCUGCGAGGGCACGGCCAUGGGGGCCGUCACCCUCGACCUCCGCCCCGGCCUCGGCGUCGGCCCCUUCACCCUCGGGAUGCCGAUUUCCGAUGCAUUUGCGCAGAUUGAACACCAGCCAAACAUUUACGAUGUUGUCCACGUGAAGUACUUCGACGAGGAGCCUCUAAAGUUGGACUUCGUCAUAAGCUUUCCGGAUCACGGGUUUCACUUGCGCUUCGAUCCUUGGUCGCAGAGGCUUCGUCUCAUCGAGAUUUUUGAUGUUAAGAGACUGCAAUUGCGUUACGCGACGUCUUUAAUUGGCGGUCCAUCGACGCUAGCUACUUUUGUAUCUGUUUAUGCUCUAUUUGGACCGACUUUCCCUGGGAUAUAUGAUAAAGAGAGGGGCAUGUAUACCCUCUUCUAUCCAGGUUUAUCAUUCGCAUUCCCUAUCCCCAGUCAAUAUACAAAUUUCUUCAACAAUGGGGAAGUGGCAGAUUUGCCCCUGGAAUUUCCCGAUGGAACAACUCCAGUUACGUGCCGUGUUUCUAUAUAUGAUAGCUCAACAGAUAGCAAAGUUGGUGUUGGAUCAUUGAUGGAUAAGGCAGUUAUUCCUGCCUUACCUGCGGGCAGCCUAUAUAUGGAGGAAGUACAUGCAAAGCUUGGUGAAGAGCUUUGGCUCACUACUGGGGGGCAGCAUAUUCCUUUCGGAGCAUCGCCACAGGAUAUCUGGACCGAAUUGGGUCGUCCAUGUGGUAUCCACCAAAAGCAGGUGGACCAAAUGGUUAUACACUCCGCAUCCGACCUCCGCCCUCGGACUACUCUUUGUGGAGACUACUUCUACAACUACUUCUCGCGUGGUAUAGAUAUCUUAUUUGAUGGUCAGACUCACAAGAUAAAGAAGUUUGUUUUACAUACAAACUUCCCUGGCCAUUCUGAUUUCAAUUCGUACAUGAAAUGCAACUUUGUUAUCUAUGACGCUGAAGCUGAAGGGGCGCAGCAGCCGGGUAACACUUCCAAAAAUUGCAUAACACCUCGAACAAAAUGGGAACAGGUCAAGGAGAUCCUUGGCGACUGCGGUCGAGCAGCAAUCCAGACGCAGGGCUCGAUGAAUAACCCAUUUGGAUCAACUUUCGUCUAUGGAUACCAAAAUAUUGCUUUUGAGGUGAUGAAAAAUGGAUAUAUCGCCACCGUUACUCUCUUCCAGUCAUGAUUAGCAUAGUCGCACCAGCACCCGCACCUGAUGUACGCGGCAUGCAAUGUCUGUGAAGCAUGCCCCUUCUUUACGUUGUAAAUUAACCUGUAUAUCCCACUCAUUGUACAGGAACUGCGUUCCUCGGGUCUCUCUGUAAAUAUCAUUCCAUCACUAUUGUUUUAUGAACUAAUUAAUCAUGAUGUCGGCGUGAUUCCGUAUCACCCUGAACA